UUUGGGUUAAUUAUUGAAAGCAAACAUGAACACAUCUCAGCUGAUCACACGCCGUGUGGCCUAACUGCUUGAUACAGUGAUACACUUUUUGAAUUUCUUGUAGCAAAAACAAUUCAUUUGCUCAACACCAUCAAAGAAUAACUUCAAAAUUUCUCACUGAAAAAUGCAAAGGGGAAACUAUAAUCCUCACAUAAAUCCCUUCCAAACCCACCAAAUUCAUCAAAUUCCCCCUCAAAUUCCUCGCAAUCCACCAAUUAACAACCCCUAUAAUCCCCCAUUAAACCACCCAAUUCACCAUCUUCCUCCUCCUCAAUACCCCUUUUCACCAGAAUAUGAAAGAAUUUUAAGGGAUGAAGUUAUUUACCUUCAUUCUUUAUGGCAUAGAGGUCCACCUUCUUCAACCUUAAACCCUAAUUCUCAAACACCCCAUUAUCUUAAACCCUCAAUCCCAUCAAUUUUCAAGAAAACCCAGAAAAUUUCAAAAUCCCUCGAACCCCAUCUCAUUUCUGAUAAGGAGUGGCCUGUUGAAUCAAUACCCAAAUGCCCAUCUUCUUCUGGGUCGAUUUGGCCUGAGUUUAAGCCCCAUUCGGCUCCGGCUUCUCGGCCCGUGACGGCCGAGGAGAAGGAGAGGGUGUUAGGUGUGAAGAUUCAUCUUAAGGGUUUGGAUUGUUGUUCUGGGUUGUUUCAUAAAGAAGUAGGUAGUGAUAGUGAUGAUGAUGAGGAAGAUGAUGGUGAUGAUGUUGAGGAAUUCGAGUUUUUUAUGAAAGUUUUUGAAGAACAAGAGGAAUUGAGGGGUUAUUACAAGAAGAAUUGUGAGAAUGGGGUGUUUUAUUGUUUGGUUUGUGGGGCUUUAGCUGGUAAACUUUUGAGGAAGUAUAAGAAUUGUGUUGCUGUUGUUCAGCAUUCUGUAACUAUUUCUAAUACCAAGAAGAGGAAAGCUCAUAGAGCUUAUGGGCAUGUCAUUUGUAAGAUUCUUGGAUGGGAUGUUCAUCGGCUUCCGUCGUUACCGUCUAAGGAUGGGGAUGCUAGUAGUCAGUCCUUGGAGAAAUCCUGUGUAUUUCCGGGUGUGGUCGACAACCAUGCUGAUGGUUCGAAGGAAAGUCCUGCUGUUGUUGAAAGGGAAGGAGACUUUGGAUAUGUCAGUAAUAGUGAUGCAGGCCCAGGAGAUAAACCUGAUGCUGUUGAGAUGGAAAAUGAUAGCAUUACAGAUGCAGGAUGUGUAGCUAGUGAAUCGGUUCAAAGUGUGAGUGAGAGUAGGGUCAAUGCUGAUGGAUGCGAGGCAGAUGUGCAUGGAAGUUUGAAAAAGGAAGAUUGUAAUUCUGAUAAUGUUCAAUUGGAGCAAACUAAUACUCCUGAUUCAGCUCAGAAGGUUGGAAAUAUAAUGAGAGAAGAAGGCUCUGCUUUUGGCGGGGAAUCAGUUAAUUGUGAGUUAUCAUUAACGGGAGAUGCUGUGAAGUAGUGAUUGGAUGGUUUGCCUAGAGGGUUUCUGAUUCAGGAUCAUCUGUGUAGCCAAUCGUAACGCCUGGGGGACUUGUAAAUAUUGGAUGAAGGUUGCCUUGUGUUUGAGCAAGCCUCUGAACAGAAGAAAAGAACUAUGUUUAGAUGCUCCUUUCUAAUUGAGUUGUUAUAAAAGAAAGACAUAGGAAAACUGAAGAGUUUGUGUUUGAUGUAGGUUAUUCCUACUGUAAUAUGCUUAUAGACACUAGUUAGUUAUUAUCUUGUACAUUAUCACAAAUUCAUUGUAUGUGAUUUGUGGGUGUACUAUUGAAACGGAGUCCAAGCAGUCUGAUCGUUGGGGGAAAAUCAGCUUUUCUCUUGUAUGCUAAUAGCCUCAGCUAUGCUUGCAUAUUACAUUGUGACUACAGCCACUGGCUUAUUAAGCUAUCUGCUAGCAAUGCAAUCAAAAGUCGUCAAUCUGAGUA